UAAAUACAGCGAAAGGAAGCUAGUGGGUAUCACUCGUACAAAGUAUCGAUCUCAACAACAUGAAGUCCGCCAUUGGUCUCGUUUUACUGUUCGUGGCUCACAUCUAUGCCGAGGAGUAUGCCAUGGAUGACCAGGCUACCUCUGAUCGUCAUCCUUAUGUGCAAUGUAAGAUUGACUUGUACGACUGCAUUCGACUUGACAAGAAGGYAAAUAAAGAAUGCCUGGUUGACUACAAGAACUGUAUGGCUGUCUUGGUACCCAGCGUUCCUCCCACCAUCACRAAGUGCAACAAGGAAUUGAAAACCUGCCUUGCUGCAAGCAGUGGUAUUUGGGCUAAAGCCAAAUGCUUUGCAAGCUACGGRAAAUGCUUGAUUCCUACUGAACACCCAUAUUUUAAAUGUAAAAUCGACCUCGGAACAUGCUUGAAAGAUGGAACCAAAGGCAAGAUAGAAUGCAUGAGAGACUACAAAAACUGCAUGGCACAACUUCUCCCCACUGUACCCCCCUACGUUGCCGCCUGCAACGAACAAUUCUCAACCUGCCUAUCUAUUGCUGGAGACUUCUUGGAAGUCAGUCAAUGUUCCGUAGACUAUGGAAAAUGCAUUAAAAAAGGAGGCAGCUCAUAAUACCAACAAAAAUGUUCUAAUGUUUACAUUAAAUAACGUUAAAAAUAA